CGAAAAGUGAGCAAAAAAUUUUUUUCAAUUGUCACCAUCACUCCAUUAGUUUUCUUGUUCGCUGUUCGUGUUUCUCUGUGGCAGGAAAAGUUGGAUAAAGUACCGCAAAAAUCACUUGAAACACACGUAGGAAUUCACAUCAAUUCACAUACAUCGUCUUACGUGAAUUUUACAUUGCAAACUCAGUGUUUUCCGUGGAAUAUUUGCUGUCUUUUUCUUUGUUCGAAUUCGUACGGCUCUCCCACAAAAUACAAAAGAAAAAAAAAGAGAAGAGACCUCCAGAGAUCCGCGAAACAAUAGUACAUUAAGUUGGAAAUCAUCUGCUCAAUUAGGAGUGAAAACUAAUUAGUCGUUUUCUCGACACCUUUUCGUGUGAGCUUGUACAAUGACUGGCGCAGUUUUUUAGCAUCUCUAAAAGUUCUGUUAACGUAUAGAGUAUUUGGGAUUUUAGGUGCCGUACCGCAUGGCAGCCCUCCUAGUGUCACGUAUUCUCAUACCUGGUGAUCGGAUUUCGCCAAUUCUCCGUGUACCUGUGAGGAGAAAACCGAAAGAUUCAAGUUUAAAGGUUUUCCGCAUGCUCUCCCCACAUUUAGAUCCAUUUAGGCGUCAAUUUCGCCGUGAUUUAACGGAAUGGAUGUCAAUAGACCCCAUCAAGACAAUAGUAACAAUCAAUCAGUUAGUUACUGUAGUAAUUCUGGUGUUGGUAAAAUUAACGGCGGAAAGUAUCUACAACAGCAAAGUUCAGUUAGCAAUAAUCGAAGCAGCAGAUAUGGUGGUAUUGGAUUGUCGGCAGGUGGAAAAGGUGGAGGAGGAGCUGCCAAUGGUGGUGAUGAAAAGUAUAGGGGUGGAUAUGGAGCAGCAGCAGCAGAAACGGGAGUUGCUGGAGGUAUUUCCAGCAGUGGAUCACAAUGUGAGAGUGUAAACAAAUUGGCGUCAAGUAGUAGUGUGGGAAGUGGUGCAAUUGAUGAUCCAGAAACUAGAGAUCCUCCAUCGAGUGAAGAAAGUGAAAUUGCUACGGGGAUCAGUGAUUGUGGCACUGUUAAGUUGGAGGAUGGUGUAAGUGUAUUCAGUGAGGGUAAUUGUCCGGUGGGGCGUGGUAGUAAGAGUGAUGGUAGUCAGGAGACUACCAUUGAUGUGAGUGAUGAAAAAUGUGAAGAAAUUAAGCCAUUGCUCAUUUUUGAUCAUCAUCAUCAUCAUCAUCAUGCGGAAAAAUAUCCAAGGAAGGCACCCAAGAGUAUUGUAAAAUCACCAUCUACGCAGAGUUUCAAGGCUGAAUCAUUUUAUAGGAAGUACCGUGAGAAGCCAAGAUUGAGUCUACAGUGUAGUGGUGGCGUUGGUGAUGGUGAAGAUGUUGAACGUCCGGUGUUGCAUGUGCAAUUCCUUCAGGAAAAAGGCAAGAAUGGAUCAAAUGGUAAAAUUGUGAGUGAAACAGGUGAUAAUGAGACGAGAAAUGGUGGCUGUGGUAGUCCAAUUGGAAGUAUAACAUCACGUACUUCAGCUUCAAGUAGUUCUAGUUCAUCCGAUGAGGAAAAUAGUUCCCUAGGGCAGUAUGCUGAGGCAAGGGCACCAGAUGGUGGUUGGGGUUGGGUGGUAGUAGCAGCAGCUUUUAUGGUGAAUCUCAUAGCAGAUGGCAUAACAUUUAGUUUUGGUGUUAUUUUUGUUGAAUUUCUCAACUAUUUUCGCGAGGGAAAGGCCAAAACGGCCUGGAUUGGAUCCCUGUUUAUGGCAAUGCCUCUGCUGUCUGGACCAAUAGCUUCUUUUCUCACCGAUCGCUAUGGAUGCCGUCGUGUCACUGUAGUCGGCUCCAUCCUAGCCGCCACGGGAUUCAUGAUAUCAGCCUUUUCCACGUCAAUGGAAAUGCUUUUUUUCACAUUUGGAAUCCUGGCGGGUUUUGGAUUGAGUCUGUGCUACGUGGCCGCGGUGGUCAUAGUGGCCUACUAUUUUGACAAGAGACGCUCUUUUGCCACAGGGCUAUCAGUUUGUGGUAGUGGCAUUGGUACAUUCAUCUUUGCACCACUGACUCAGGUUCUCCUGGAGGAGUACGGAUGGCGAGGAACGACACUUAUUCUCGCAGGAGUCUUUCUCAAUAUGACAGUUUGUGGUAUGUUGAUGCGGGAUCUCGAAUGGACAACACAUCGGGCUAAGAAAUCACGUGAAAAGGAGAAAUUGAGACGAAGUAAAAUGGGCAUUUCGGCUGAUUCAAUGAGUAACAGUACAAAUACCGGUGGAACAGCUAGCAAUCAUCAACAUGGAUCAGGUUCGGGAACUCAUGAACCUGAAGAUGAUUUCUAUGGUGAUUCACUGCGAUAUGUAGAUGGAAAGUUGGUUGAUUGUGAGGAUACUCGACAAUUUAGUUCACUUAUAGCAUUGCCCACAUUUGUGAGGACAGGCGAAAAAGUGCCACCGGAAGUACUAGAAUUGCUGUCAACUCACAAAAAUGCCAUUUUCAUGCACAAUUACCAGGGAAUGUUGCAUUCACGGAGUUUCAGUGAACCACUAUCGACGGCAUUGUCUCCCGAAGGGGCUCUAAGUCCAUCAAAUCCCGAUCACAGUCCCAACACCAAUAUAACCAGGCAUCAAUCGCGCAAGCAACGUCUCCAGGGAAAUGAACAAGAACUUCUGGCCAUCCUCAAAAGGGGCAAUCAUCAGAAUCGCGAUAAACCAACAAUGGCAUAUUUGAAAGACCUCCGAAUGCACCGUCAUUCACUAACGUAUCGUGGGGCCAUGCUCAAUAUAAACCGCUAUCGAUUGCGAGCAUCAUCGUGUCCGGACAUCUAUAGAAAUUCAAUGACGACGAUCGCCAAGGAGAAGACCCAGUGGUAUCAUGGAAUAAGUGAAUUUAAGAAUCUUUUUGUCGAUAUUCUCGACUUUUCCCAUUUCACCGAUAUUCGCUUCCUACUUUUUGCCGUAUCGAAUUUUCUUCUGUACACAUGGUAUGAUGUGCCGUACGUGUAUCUGGCUGACAAUGCCAUUGGAAUUGGAUUUUCAGAGACGGAUGCGUCUGUUCUAAUAUCAAUCAUUGGCAUUGUCAACAUGUUUGGUGAGAUAUGCCUCGGGUGGAUUGGGGACAGAAAGUGGGUGAAUCCAACAUUGGUCUAUGCACUGUGUAUGGUGCUGUGUGGAGCAGUUGUUGGACUUGUGCCACUUCUCCGGAGUUAUCAGGCACUCUCGGCCAUUUCUGGGGCCUUUGGACUCUUUAUAGCAGCUAAUUAUUCACUUACCAGUAUUAUUCUGGUGGAAUUGAUCACCUUAGAGCGAUUCACAAAUGCAUAUGGGCUACUGUUGCUAGUUCAGGGAAUUGCUAAUCUUGUUGGUCCACCACUAGCAGGAUGGAUUUUUGAUAUAACUGGAACAUAUGAGUGGUCUUUCUACUUGGCUGGAUUUUUCAUUGCAAUAUCGGGCGGAAUGCUUGUGAUUCUUCCAGCUUUGGGGAAGUACAGAAGAUACAGGGCUCUGAAGAGACAAAAUUCGGAAAGUAAAAAUGAAGUACCAUCCAAUUCAACGGAUUGUCCUUCGGAUAAAUCGAAUGGAACAACUAUCAUAAGUGACUGUUUUCGUAAAGACUCGGGCAAAGGUAAUGGGAAAAUUAAUCACGUUUAGGUUUAUUUUGGAGCAGGCAUCAGUGGAAUACAAUUACAACAUGUUAUUGCAAUUUUAAGAAAAAAAAGUUUUUACCGUGUGUAUUCCCAGUGUACAGAAAUUACUCAAAAAGAAAAAAAAAACAAAAAAUAGAGUAAAUUAGUAUUGAAAAUGAUUCAUUACAAGAAAAAUAAAUUUUUCUGACAUCUUUAGUCCAAGAAAGAUACUUUUCAGAGGAUCACAAAAAAAACUGCAGUGAUUAUUGAAAUGUCCUGAUUUAGUGAAUUUUAAUCUCUUUCAAUUAAAAAAAAAACUUAGUGUGUUUCAUGAAAGGAACGAGUUAAAAUCUUUCUAUGAAAUCUUUACUGUUGAUAUUUCCAUUAAUUGCGGAUAAAAGACGAACAUUAUUAAAGAGAAAAAACAAAGAACUUUUCCUAUUGCUAAUUAAAAUAUAUUGAAGCAUUUGACUAAAAAUAAAAUUGGAAGAUUUAUAAUCUUACUGAAAAAAUAAUGUUAUUUGCAAAGGCAAAAAAUGUAAAGUUACAAUUAGAAGAGGAAACUCAAAGAUAACUCGUUCGAAUUAUUCUAAUGAUCUAAAAAAAAAACAAAGAAUUAAAAAAAAGAAAUAGAAACAAAUAAUGAAAAUCAUCCUUAUUAGAUAUCCCGAAAACUAAUUCUUUUCUUUGUAUAUUUUUUUUUACUUUUAUCUAUUGUAUGUAUUGUAGAAUAAUUCUGUAAUUUAUCAACUGUGAUCAUAAAUAGUGGGUGGUAAAUAUGAGAUAAAAUUGACGAUGUGAAUUUUUGGCGAUUUCGUGGGAAAAUGAAUUUGAUUUUUGUGUAAAAUAAAAGUUCAAUUGGAUGUGAGAUAGAAAGAAAAAAAAAUAUUUUUAUAGAAGUGAGAUAAAAGAAAAAUUAUAGCCCAAAUCAUCCUUUUGAAGUAAUAUUUCUAAAAACAAAAAAAAAAGAAAAACAAAGAGAUAAUAUUUGCAUAAACCACAAAAAAAAAAGUAAAAUAUAAAUUCUAGAGUUAAUAGCACAAUUUCUUGCAAUAAAUAUCGAUGAGUAUGAAGGAUUUUACAUUAAAAUAUACGUAUAUAUAUUUAAUAUUAAUAUAAGGACAUGAUAUAUUGGAUGUGUCUUUCACAACAAACAAAAAAAAAAUGGUAUGAAAAAUAGCGUGGAAAUAUGAUAGUGUUUUGUUUCUUUUUAUAAGAAGAAAUUUAAGAAUGGAAAUUCACAGUGAAAAUCGAGAAGAAGUCUGACAAAGAAUCAAGAUUUUGCUAAAGUUCAUUUUGUGCUAAAUUAGAAUUAUAUUUAGAUUUUAGAUAUUUGCGAUAAUUCGCGUAAAAAAAAAGAAAUAUUUUUUCAAUGGCGAUCCUUUCAUUACUACAGAAGUAAAAAAAAAAUUAUUAACGAAUCACUAUUAUUAUUCUAACUGAAAAAUAAGUACAUAUGUAAUAAAAUACGCAUCAUAAUAUUGAUGAUCGUAAAUAAUAAUAUACCACUUAGUAAAAUUGAAAAAGCGAAAAUUUAGUUUCUUAAAAUAUUUUGUAUAAAGAUAUUUUACUUGAUGUUUUACUUGUGAGGAUUUGAAGAUUUCAAUUGACAAAAACAAAAAAGAAAAUCAAGAUCGAUGGAAAUUGCAUGUCGUUAUCUAAAGCGAUUAAUGAGAAAGUAUUUUUUUCUAAAAAAAAAUAAUAGAAAUAGAACACUGAGAGAUCUAUUUUUCUCAAUUUUAUUUCAAUUCCUUUCAAUGAAGAUCUUGAAAAAAAAUUCUACAAAUUCAUAGUUGAUUAUAAAUUCAACUGACUUCUAAAAAAAGUAUAUUAUGAAAAUACAAUUUUUAGCUAAAAUAAACUUACACUUUGAAAUAAAAAAAAAGAAAGAAGAAAGUGGUGAAAAAAUACACAUGUAUAAUUGAGAAAUAUCUCACACUGAAAUAAAAUUAAUAAUGUUUAAGUA